GUGGAAUAAUAGCUACUUCUCGAAUCGAGUUUAUAAAUGUGUGCUUAAAAAGAUUGAUUCAUAAUUCAAAUAGUUCUCUCUGUGAUUUGGUAAAAGAAAUUCACAAAUUACUUGAUAGGUAUGAUAAAGAAAAUAAAUACAGAUUUUGGCGAUUAUCAAUUCCAUCUGUUAAAAAUCAAGAAAAA